CUGCGUCUGACGUAGCACGCAGGCGUUGUUUUGGAGGAGGAAGUGAAAGGGGAAGAGUGAAGCUGGGGUAGAUAGCUCGCUGGCAGAAAAGCCUUCAAGCAAAGUGCCAAAUUUACACAGCAGUUGUAGGUUAUCUGCCUCGUCAAUUUACGACACGGUUUUUGUUAGUGUUUACGCAAAGGGCAACACAUUUUUCUAAGAAUUUGAGACAAGGUUUUGCCAAAUUAACGCUAGCUAACGAGUUCAGUGCCAGCGAGCUAGCUAACGUAACGCCUAUCGCUAGUUAGCCACUGACGCUAACUGUCCUAAACAAUAACAGCUAGUUAGCUCGCAUCCUGGUCGGUUCCCGACAAGAAGUCGCCACUCCGGUGUCCUGCAAGUUAAAACUGUCAAAAAAAUGACAUCCAGGAAGAAAGUGCUCUUGAAAGUCAUCAUCCUGGGGGAUUCUGGUGUUGGAAAGACCUCCCUAAUGAACCAGUAUGUGAACAAGAAGUUUAGUAACCAGUACAAAGCUACAAUAGGAGCAGACUUCCUGACUAAAGAGGUGAUGGUGGAUGACCGGCUUGUUACAAUGCAGAUCUGGGACACAGCUGGCCAGGAAAGGUUCCAGUCUUUGGGUGUUGCGUUCUACCGUGGAGCAGACUGCUGUGUGCUGGUGUUUGAUGUCACCGCACCCAACACCUUUAAGACACUCGACAGCUGGAGGGAUGAGUUCCUGAUCCAGGCCAGCCCUCGAGAUCCUGAGAACUUCCCCUUUGUGGUGCUGGGCAACAAGAUUGACUUGGAGAACAGACAGGUAACCACCAAAAGGGCUCAGGCUUGGUGUCAGAGUAAGAACAACAUCCCCUACUUUGAGACCAGCGCCAAAGAAGCUAUAAAUGUAGAACAGGCAUUCCAGACAAUUGCACGUAACGCCCUCAAACAAGAGACAGAGGUGGAGUUGUAUAAUGAAUUCCCAGAGCCCAUAAAACUGGAUAGGAAUGACAGAGCUAAACCUUCAGCAGAAAGCUGCAGCUGCUAAGGGACAACUUGGACCAUCUUCUCUCUUGGCUUUCUGAAACACCCCGUCACCGGUUACAUCACCUGCACCUCGCUCCCAGGGAAAAAGACUUCCCUACUGGUCUUCCUCCUUCAUGCCAUCGGUUCAUUCCAUCGACACAAUCCCUCACGCAGUACGCUGCACAUGGAUGUACCCCACACACACACACACACAGACACACUUAGUACAAAAAUGAAUACACUAGCGUACACAAGCUGAUAAAUCCAGUGCCCAAAGAUCACACAAAA